AUGGCCAAUCUACGGAGCUUUCUCUUGCUCCUGCUGUUAGCGCUGGUUACAUUUGCUUUGCUUAGCAGCGCCACGGCUAAGCAGCAAAAAAAGCAGCAGCGUCCCAAGCCUGUCAAUCCACACAGACGUCCCAGGCCACAGCAGGCACAAAGGCCGCUGAAACAGAAGCCGCAACAGAAUACGCUCAAUGCCAAGAUAUUCACCACCACGCUGCCUGGCUUGGGCAAGAUACGUGGACGCAGCUUGCUCAGCGAAUGGACAGGUCAAAGCAUUAUGCAGUUCCUCGAUGUGCCCUAUGGCCAGGCGGAGCGUUUCAAGGCUGCCCAACCAAUAACACCUUGGAAGGGCAUACUACAGGCGCAUCGCAGUCAUGCGGGCUGCCCCUCCAUACAAAGUCUGCUGCAGUUUGCCAAGCUAGAGGAGAACGGCAUUGAUGUGGAGGACUGUCUGCGUCUCACAGUCAGCACCAAGUCGCUGGAGGGCAAACUGGCGCCUGUUAUGGUCUAUGUGCAUGGCGACUUCUUCUAUGAUGGCGACAGCUUGGAGGCUGCUCCUGGCUAUUUGCUGGAGCAUGAUGUGGUUUUGGUUUCGGUGCGCUAUCGUCUUGGUCCGUUCGGCUUUCUGUCUACGCUCAGCGAGGAGAUUCCCGGCAAUGCCGCCGUCACAGAUCUAAUACAAUCACUGCACUGGAUUCAAAAGCACAUUGCUGCCUUCGGCGGUGAUCCAGAGCGUGUGACACUCUUUGGUCAAGUGGGUGGCGCUGCGUUGGUCAAUGUGCUGACGCUCAGUCCCCUGGCUGAAGGACUCUUCCAUCGCGUCAUCUAUCAGUCCGGCACAGCGCUGUCGCCUGCCUUCAUUACGGACUCGCCCAUGCCGGCCACCAAGGAAAUCGCACGCAUUGCUGGCUGCAAGCAGAGCAAACUGGAGUCACUGCACAAGUGCCUGAAUCGUCUGAACUCCACCAUGUUGUUGGCUGCCUUCAGUGUGCAUGGCGAGAAGAAGCUGAUGAACUCGGGCGCUUUUGGUGGCGUGCAGCUGGUCAUUGGUGGACCUUCGGGCAUACUGCCAGAGCACCCAGGACGACUGCUGGCGGCCGAGAAGUUCCAGGCAUAUCCCACCAUGGGCGGCAGCGUCAAGCAUGGCGGCACCUUUAUGAUGAGAGACAUAUUCGUCGAGAGCUUCAAUGAGAGCACCUCGGAUGCAAAGCUGAGCGGCGCUCAAUAUAUUGAGACGAUUAUUGCGCAGACCAAUGGCGCUGAUCCCACAAACUCUUGGCGUGAAUUUGCCAAAGAGUACAUCUUCAGCGAGGCGGACAUCAAGCAGGGCAGCUUCAAGCGCCUCACACCAGGACUCAUUGAUUUGUGCAGCACAAUUGCCAUGAAGAAUCCCGUGCUGCUUAUGCUGCAGGCAAAUGCCAAGAAGCUGCCCAACAGCACCUACCUGUACAGCUUUGACUACGAGGGCGAGCUCAAUCGUUAUGCCACCAGCGAUGAGGAGGCCAUCGAUGUGCCCUUCGACAUGGGCGUCAGUCUCACCGAUGAGAAUCUCUAUCUGUUCCCCUGGCCACGCAUGCACAUGCUCAAUGCCAAUCGCGAUGUCAAGAUUGCCAAGCGCAUGUCGGCGCUCUGGACCUCCUUUGCUGCCACUGGUGUACCCAAGGCGCCCGGCCUGCCCGCCUGGCCCGCAAUGAGCGAUGAGACGGGCCCCUAUAUGCGCAUCGAUCGCACUGUCAGCUUUGGCGACAACUAUUUGGAUGAGUACAGCGUUGCUGUGCGCGAAGCUAAGCUGGGCUACAGCUUGGUCAACGAUGACUACUACGAACUGGAGGCUGUACUCAACGAUGCCAUCAAAAAACAAGGCAUCCUAGAGGAGGAGGAGGAAGAGGCAGAUGAGAAUGAGCACAGCGAACAGGAAUCAGAUAAUGCCCAGCCGCUGCAGAGCAAUGAAGACACUGAGACUAAUGAAGGUCGUGGCAAGCAGCUCGUUUACAUAGCCAGAAGGAAAUCAUAUUAA